AUGCAAAAAAUUAUCCGUUCAGUAAAACGGUGGCGCAGCAAACAUCAUGUCGAUGUUUUCACAAAUAUACCGCAUGAAAUAGUAUUAAUAAUCAUAAAACAUUUGGAUUAUAACGCCCACGAUAUUGCUGCUUUAUCCAGGGUAAACAGAAAAUUGCGAUAUCAUACAAAAGACAACUUUUUAUGGUACAAGUUAUGUUUAUUGUAUUUCCCUGAUCAUCUAUCUAAUAAAUCAAAUGAAAGUAAGUUUGGACAAACAAAAGAUUGGAUGAAAAUAUUUAGAAAAUUAUAUUGGAAGAAUCACACGAUAGUAUUUGCCGAAAAUAUUGAGGCAAAAGAAUUAGUAAGUUGCGGAUGGUUCCCAAAAUUCGGUCAAUUCUCGGAUAUAAAAACCGACCACGCACAUCUAAAAAUCGUAAGAGCGAUCCAAGAAUCUUUUGAAAUGGAUGUUAAAUUUGAAUCCAUUUCACCCGGAAUUUAUGAAGUUGUAUGGGAAAUGAACAUUUACAACUUACAAAAGGCUCAAAAAUUUCAAUUUGUAACCAAAAUCUUCCACAAGAAUUAUGAUUUAAAGGAAUACUCUCACAAUCCGCCCCCGGAAGCAUUUAAAAAAAUUUCAGAUAAAGGGUGGUUUAAAUAUAGAGCACCCAAAAGGAUUAUCAUCGAUAAGGAUCAAAUUAUUUCUACCAAAUUCAUUGGUCAUGCCAAAAUGUGUUUUAGCAAUCCACAAGAGUGGCCGGCACCUAUGGCAUUGUACUGUGUAUAUUUGAAAAGAUACAAAAAUGACAUAGAUUAUAAUAAAGUACAGCGUAAGGGUUUUAUUAAUAGAUUAUUACGUAGAUAA